AUGGGGCCAAAGCAAUAUUUAAUGAGAAAGAAGAUUCAUGCACUGAUGGUUAAGCAAUUUGUCAAGAGCAAGUCAAAAAAGUACUAUAAGCAUCAGCUUAUAGUCUCUCAGCAAAAGAAGAGAGAGAAGAAGAAGAAGCAUUAUCAAGAAGAAAUUACAGAAACUAAGAAUAAAGCUCAGCAGAACAAGAAGAUAGAAUCUAAAACCAAGCUUGAGAUCAAGAUCAUGAUCUAUAGUUAUGAUUGUCUUGCUGUGAGUUUAAUAAAAGACAAUAACAGUUCAUCUGCUUUAGAGAAGAUGAAGAAAGAUAAUUUUAAAAUUGUGAUAUUCUCUGAUAAGAAUAAUAAGAAGAAUAAUGAGAUAGAUAAUGAUUGGAUUAUUAAUAUCUAG